AUGAGGCCGGUGUUGUACUUCUUCUCGAUGUGUUACUUCAUUCUCCAAGAAGAAAUUCGUAACAAAGCCUUUGAAGCGUCACGAAAAGCUCGGUUGUCUAUUUCAAAAUAUUCGCACACUAUUCUUCAUGCGUCAAGAGGUGCGUGGUCUCGUCGGAAUUCUCCACUCUUGGACGCUUCGCCAGAUAAUGCAUUUGAUCGUCUCCGUAAACGUCGUCAAUCUGCUCCAGCAUUCACUUUAACCGUCCCGUCGGAGACCAUGCGAGAGGUCUAG